CCCCGUGGUGCAGUAAGCGACCACAACUGAGGCCGAGGCAGGGCAGCCACAUGUUACUCACCAAAUAGAACACAUUAAUAUAUUGCAAAAAUGCGCAUUGAGAGGUGUUAUUUCUGCUCCAGCAAAGUCUACCCAGGCCACGGGAUUCAAUUUGUGAGGAAUGAUUCGAAGAUCUUCAAAUUUUGCCGCCCAAGAUGCCACAAGAAUUUCAAGAGGAAGCGAAACCCACGCUCAGUCCGCUGGACAAAAUCCUUCAGGAAGGCAGCAGGCAAAGAGCUGACUGUGGACCCUUCCUUUGAGUUUGAGAAGAAGAGAAACAUACCUGUAAAAUAUAACAGAGAAUUGUGGCAAAAGACAGUGGAAGUAAUGAAGAAGGUGGCAAAGAUCAAAACAAAGCGUGAGGGCAAGUUUGUGAUGGACCGCCUCCUGAAGAGUGUAGAAAUCCAACGUGUUGCUGACAUUGUUGAGGUCAAGAAGGGUAUGAGCCUUAUCCGAUCUCCCGCUGCAGGCCUUAGGAGAGGAAACAAAGUGAUAGAUGAAGAAGAGAUGGAAAUGGAGGAUGAUGAGGUGGCAAAAAGGCUGGAAGCAGGACCUUCUAAAGUCACAAAGGAGACCAAGAAAAAGAUUGCAACAGAGGAACAGAUGUCAGAAGAUGAUGAUAAGAUUGAAGAGGAGGAUGAUGAUGACAGUGAAGAGGGUGGUGAUGAUGAUGAUGACAGUGAUAAUGUAGAAGAGGGUGGUGAUGAUGAUGAUGGCAGUGAUAAUGUAGAAGAGGAUGACAAUGAAGGUGAAGAUGAAAACAAUCUUGAAGAGAGUGAUGAUGAGUAAUGGAUGCAUAACAAAGUGUACACAGAUUAGUUUUGUACAAGGUGUUAUGAAUGAAUUUAUCUGGAUUGAAUUAAAGUGCACUUGUAUGUUGUUCUAUUAUAUUUUGUUGAAGCUGUUGGAUAUGUUCACCUCAUGGAUGGCACUGUGCCUCUAAUCCCUGAAAUUUUGGCAGGAGAAAUAAACUUGUUGUAAGUGGCACUAAUCCAAGCCAACAAAACUUAGACUCUGCAGCCAGGUAAGGUGGGAGGCAUGUUACAGUCUUGUGUACAAAGACAGUCAUUCUUUUGUCAUGUCAAGCCAAUAGACUACGGUAACCUUGUGUGCAUGGAAGUUGCAGCCUUUUAAAACUGUAGGAGCCUACUUAACUUGUAUCUAUCUGUUAAGAGAGACUACAGGAAAAGUUAAGACUGCAAUCGGUGUCAGUUCAACACUUUAGUGCAGAAUAAAUGAUGAUUUAUGAA